GUCUGAAGCAGGUAAAUUUAGCUGAAGACUAUCAAAGGGACAAUUAGAAGGAGCGGCGUGCAGUUGAGUUGAGCUUUGAUAUACAAAAGCACAUAAAGAGGAGUUUCUUCCAUAAAAGCACAUACCAAGGACAAACUAUAUUCAUUCAUAUAUAUUUGCAGCUAUGUCUAUACUUUUGGACUGGAUAACUAAUAAUGACUUGCGAAAAGGGAGGAGGCAAAUUUUCCUCACUAAGACUAUUGGCUUCCACCGGGACAAGGCGGAGGACAUAUUGAAAAUAUCCCAUCAUCUUGAACAAGUCAAAAAUGCCACAAUAAGAAUGGAAUUUCCGGAAACAAAUACAGUGCAUUGUGAAGACUUGCCCAAUCUAAAGAGUUUUUCCUCAGGAAACAUUGUUGAAUGGCCAUACUUGGAAAAUCUUAUUUUGAACCACUGCCCUAACUUAAAGAAGUUUGGAUUCGGAAAGAUUAAAGAGUCACGAUUCAAAUCAUUCAUCAUGGAAAAUGAAGUGCAACAUAAUAUUGAUACACAAGUUACCAAUUUUUUUGAAUCAUGGGAUGAUGAAUUAUCAACAAUUACUAAGUAUGAAAUUGGUGACAAUGAGGAAUUACGCAAGAUAUUAGAUAAUCUUCGACCAUCGCAUUUCACCAACUUGUUACUAUUCCAGGCAAAAAAUUGCGAUGACAUGUUGGUUGAUUUUCUUGUUAGUUUGAUGAAGAGGUCAAAUAAACUUGAAGUUAUCAACAUUCAACAAUGCAACAUAGAACCAUAUUUGUUUUACUAUCGUCAUGAUCUUAUCCUUGAUGAAGACAGACAUGGUAUAUAUUUCACACAGAUGAGGGAAUUAAAAUUAAUAGAAAUAUAUAUGCUAAUAGAAAUAUGGCCUUGGAAUCCAACAAGAAUUUUUGGCCUUGAAAAUCUCCAAUUGAUACACAUCAAAAGUUGCCCCUCUCUAAUACGUAUAUUCUAUUAUUAUGCAACAGAGAAGCUCCACCAACUAAAUGAAUUAAAGUUAGAGGCAUGUGUGUCGUUAAUACAUCUAGUUUAUUCUGAUUUUAAAGUGUUACCAGCAGCAAAGUUCCCAUCACUAACCAAGGUAGAGUUAAAGUCUCUCUCAAGACUGAAUUGUUUCUACAUUCAUGGAGUAGAAUUUCCAAUUCUAAAAACCUUGACAAUAGAAAAAUGUCCUCAAUUGACAUCAUUCACAAAUGGGUUUGCAACCGCAAAUGCACCAUCCACAAUUACUGAUGGGAAGUCUUUCUUUGAGCUAAAUGAACUCACAUUACGUAGUUGUUACAAGUUGGUUGUUGUUGUGUCAUCUAAGACUUUACAAGAGUUAAGAAAAUUGAAGAAACUCAUUGUGAGCGAUUGUAUGGAAUUGAAAAUGUUAUUCAACAUUGAUGGAACAAUAUCUCAUUCAACUGAGCUCCUACAACAGUUAGAUGAAUUGAUCUUGAAUGAUCUACCUAAUUUAACCCAAAUCAUCAACAAAGAAAUUGUCAAGUUCUAUCAAAACUUGAAAAUCCUACAAGUGAAGAAUUGUGAGUCUCUUGAAUGGUUGCCCAUAUCUCAAGUGCUAAAAAAUAUGGAAAUUACCAAUUGCACAGCCUUGCAUAAAAUUAUGAUCAUCCAAGAAGAAGAAGGAAAGAGAGCUAAAUUUUCAAACUUAGAAAAACUGAAAAUAGAAAAUUGUCCUAGUCUAAAGACUUUAGUUGAAGAGUCUAACGAGGAGAAAGAUCAUCCAGAAUUAGAUAAUUCAAACUAUUUCUUUCCAAAUUCAUUGUCAUUGGACAAAUUGAAGGUACUUUAUGUAAUGAAUCAACCGGUUGAGGAGCUUUGGCACUACAAUUAUCCUUCUGAAUCAUUUUGUGAGUUGGAAAAUCUUACUUUGAGAAACAACAAAAAGUUAUUGAGUGUCUUCUCCCCCGCCAUGAUAGUAAGAUUCAACAAGCUAAAAAAAUUGACUUUGGAAAAAUGUGAAUUAUUGGCCGAGGUAUUUAUCCUUGAAGGUGACAAACCAAAUCAUGAUAACCAAGAAAUGCUUCCUCAACUAAGGGUGUUAGCAAUGAGUAACCUAAGUAAUUUGACAUGUUUCUGGAACAAGGAACCUCAAGUUCCAUUUUUCCUUAAUUUGGUUUCACUUUUCAUUAUUCAUUGCCAUUGCCUCAAAAGCUUAUUCUCACUUUCUCAGGCCCAAAAUCUUAAAAAACUCAAAAUACUCAGAUUGUGUAAUUGUGAGAAAGUAGAAGAGGUAAUAUCUAGUGAUAAAGGUGAAAUGGUGGCUACCAUUUUCCCUAAAAUGAAAUGUCUUGUGCUCAAGGAUCUUCCAAAGCUUGUCAACUUUUGUCAGGAAGGAGGAUGUUCUAAUUGGCCUAACUUACAAACAGUGAGGGUUAACAAUAUUCCAAGUAUGAAAACAUUUUUGAGAGAUGAUCUUAAUACACCAUUGUUGAAAUCAGUGUAUAUAACAUUUGCUAAGAAACUUUGGGUUGGAAAUUUGAACAAGACCAUAUCGUGUAUGCACAACAAUCCAGGAAUGACAUUACAAGGAAGAAUAUGAAGAUUACAUAUUAAAUAGAAGAGAUCUGAGGAAAGGCUUCAAAGUCAAAUUAAUCAAGUAUAAAUAUAUACAUUGCAUUAGCCUUUUAGAUGUAAUAUUAUUCGUACUUUGUGUAUAAAAAAUUAUAAUUCAUACUUGUCUUUAAAAACAUUGUAAUUCAUACAUACAUAAAUAUUUUUAGGAUAAAAUAAGCUUUUAUAUGUAUAAAUACAUACAUAAUUUAUUUUUGGUUUAAAGGUGAACGAUCAUAAAAGUCAAUUGGUAGGGGUGAAUGUUGUUAAUGAAUGGUUAAUGGAUGCGACGGUUAUUUUGAAUUGUAAGGUUGGAUUCCUACCUUUCGAAUAAUUGGGGUUAC